AUGGCGGAGGUGACAAGGCAGCGUCCAUUAAUAGCCGGCAGGGUGAUGGGACCCGGACCGGGGCACUACGCCCUCCCCCCGACCGUCGGCUACAUAAACCACGACUACACAAAGCUGAGCAGUCCGGCGUUCUCCUUCCACCGCCGCAUGAGCAGCAAAAUGGUGUCUGAGGACUCCAGUCCUGGCCCGCGCUACCACGUGGACGGUAAAAUCACUCGUUUCGGGAGAGACGGCACCCCGUCCUACUCCAUGCUGGGCCGGAAGAAGCCUGGAGCUCAGACCUUCCAAACUCCUGGUCCGGGAGCCUACAGCCCUGAAAGGGUGCCACCGGUGAACCUGCAGCGCCAGCCUCCGUCCUUCACCAUGGCGUUUCGCACCCGCUACCGUAGCGUGGACGCCGUGCCCGCGCCCAACCGCUACACCUUGCCUAACCUGCUGGGCUCACGUGUGCCCAACAAGCCCUCCAGUGCCAGCUACUCCAUGUCCAGGCGCGUGAAGACCGGAGGGCCCACAGAGGACCUGGCGACGACGCCCGGACCGGCUCAUUACAGGAGCACAGACCCCAGCAUCUACCUCAACAAACAGCCAUCGUUCUCCAUCCAGAGUCGCCACACCGUCCUCGGUGAUGCCACCCUGAAACCGGGACCGGGGACUCACUACCCGGAGAAAGUGAACGUGCACCUGCCCAAGCCGCCGUCUUUUACCAUGGGGGUGCGACAUUCUGAGUUUGUUACUCCGCUGGUUAUCAAUGUAACUGACUGACUGGGCUGGUCGCUUGUAGUUUUUAUAUUGUCACUGAACAUUCACAGAAUUCAUUUGCUUUUAGCUUUUAUUAUUAAUUUUAAUUAGUUUAAUCUAUUGAAAUCUGUUUUAUUAGUAUUACUGAUGUAUUUAAUGUGCUGUAUUUCAUCUGUACAGUAUCCUUGGGUUCAUU